AUGUCAUUUCGCGGAGGCGGUCGUGGUGGCUUUUCCGCCCGUGGUGGAGGUUUCGGUGGCCGUGGAGGCCGGGGAGGUUUCCAGCAGUCUUACGGACCCCCAGAUCAAGUGCUAGAGAUGGGUACUGUCAUGCAUGCUUGUGAAGGCGAGAUGGUUUGCGAAUCUAUCAACCCCAAGAUUCCUUACUUCAACGCCCCCAUCUAUUUGGAGAACAAGACUCCCAUUGGCAAGAUCGACGAAGUCCUAGGUCCCAUCAACCAAGUAUAUUUCACCAUUAAGCCCCAGGAAGGAAUCGUCGCAACCUCGUUCAAGCCCGGCGACAAGGUCUUCAUCGGCGGCGACAAGCUCCUUCCGAUUGAAAAGUUCCUUCCCAAGCCUAAGCCUCCUCCAGGUUCCAAGCCCAAGAAGGCAGUCGGAGCUCGUGGCGGCGGCCGUGGUGGCUUUGGUGGCCGCGGUGGUGGUCGUGGAUUCGGUGGUGGCUUUGGCGCUCCCCGCGGUCGCGGUGGUGCCCCGAGAGGACGCGGUGGCCCUCGUGGUGGAGGUGGAUUCCGCGGUAGUAGUGGUGGAUUCGGUGGUGGUGGUGGAUUCGGUGGAAGAGGAGGUGGCCGAGGAGCACCUCGCGGUGGUGGUGGCUUCCGGCGUUAG